AUGCGGAAUGGGGCGGGACACGCACGAACCACUGUCCCAAACACGCAAACACGCAAACCGUGUGUGUCACAACGAAGCGUGUGUGGCUUCAGCCACGAUGGCAGUACCAACAACAACACCUCCACCGGCACCAGCAGCAGCUCAGACUGUCUCGGCCGAAUUUUGGUUUCCGACAUCCGGAGAAACUCGCAGAGCAAUCCUCCCUCGCACGCACGCAGGCAGCGUUUCUUCUCGUUGCCAAAAGUGCGACUCACCGCCGCCAGCACCGCCAGCACAAGGGAAUCUCAGUCCUGUUAUUUCCGUGGAUAUAAACGCAACAUGAAAAUUUUCAGUUCUCCUUUCUUUUUCGAUGGGUCAGACGCGGCCGCAGGGCGACGGCCAUCUUACAUAAGAGACAAGGGACAAACGGAUGCAAAAUUUCACUCAGAGGUGAGAAUGAUAGAUAAACAACUAAGAAGACACAGGGAGACCACACAUCGAUCGCAUCUGCAAUAUUGCAAUAUCUUAGUAAUAAUCAGGUAA